AUGGGGAAGACUUCUUCCCCUCAGGUGCGUCUGAUGUUGGUUCUGGCUCCAGUCAUGUGCAUCCUGUCGGGCAUCGGUGUGUCCCAGGUGCUCACCACUUACAUGAAGAAUCUGGAUGUCAGCCGGCCAGACAAGAAGAACAAGAAGCAGCAGGACCCCACCUACCCCAUCAAAAACGAGGUUGCCAGUGGGAUGAUUCUGGUCAUGGCCUUCUUCCUCAUCACAUACACCUUCCACUCCACCUGGGUGACCAGCGAGGCGUACUCCUCCCCCUCCAUCGUGCUGUCGGCUCGUGGAGGCGACGGCAGCCGGAUCAUCUUCGACGACUUCAGAGAGGCCUACUACUGGCUGCGCCACAACACCCCUGAGGAUGCCAAAGUCAUGUCAUGGUGGGAUUAUGGUUACCAGAUAACGGCCAUGGCAAAUCGAACCAUUCUAGUGGACAACAACACGUGGAACAACACACACAUCUCCAGAGUGGGACAGGCCAUGGCCUCCACAGAGGAGCGAGCCUAUGAGAUCAUGAGGGAGCUGGACGUCAGCUAUGUGCUCGUCAUUUUUGGAGGACUGACGGGCUAUUCUUCAGAUGACAUCAAUAAGUUCCUGUGGAUGGUUCGUAUCGGGGGAAGCACAGACACGGGCAAACACAUCAAGGAGCACGACUACUACACCCCCACCGGAGAGUUCCGGGUGGACCGCGAGGGCUCCCCCGUCCUGCUCAACUGCCUCAUGUACAAGAUGUGCUACUACCGCUUCGGACAGGUCUACACAGAAGCCA